AUGGGUCCCUGAAACGGCCUCCCAUUGCUGCUGUCUCCAUCGCCACACUCUGCCAUGUGCCACUUUCAGGUCUCCUCACACUGCUGGUGGGUUCCAUUUUGUCAUAGGGUGUGCUGUAAGGCCUCCCAUUUGCUGCUGCCUCCACCGCCACAGACAGUGGCUCCACACUCUCUGGUUUAUGGCCCCGGUGACUGCCCAAAUGAGUGAAGUGUAACGGUGAUUCUAAGAUCGACGGCACUCAUCUGCAUGUCAUGCUCUUUACUGACUGGCAGUAUUUAUUUCUUCUUUCCCCAGCAGACUCCAAGGCAUAUUAAAUUAUACAGGGUACAGUGUUCUGCACUAAUAUAA